GUGUGGAAAUUCUGUUGAAUUAGUUGGGAAGUUGCAGUUGCAGCCCUGCUUCCUUACGUUCUAGCUGAACUCUGUUUCAUCACUGAAAUCACCGUUGAGUUUCGACGGUGGAAGAAGGAAGGACAAGGGGAAAAGAAAGCAGAGGAGAUCAAUUGAAGUUUCCGGCAAUGGGUGCCUCUGAAUCCACACUCUCAGCCUCGCGGGCACCGGCGGAUGAAAUAACCACCGUGUCUCAUCGAUCGGAAGCAGUUGAUCCAAUUUUAGAGAAACUCAAAUCCCUUAAAAUCACGUCACCCAUACUCACAUCGCCGCCGGGGGAAGGUAGCUUAACUGACAUUUUAGUGAGAAAACCAGCCUCUCCUUCAGCUCCUGCAACUGUAAAUCCAAAGGUCCUACUGGAGCUCUUAUCCAUGUAUCGCGAUUGGCAGCAAGAAAAGGCUCAAAACAUUAGCAAAAAACAGGAGGAGAUAGAAAACAAAAUAGAAGUUGCGGAUGCCUUGGCAGUUAAACUUCUUCAACGAUUUAAUUACUCGGUCUCAGCAAUGAAGACAACUUCACAACAUUUACAAGAAGGUAAUUGGUUGGUGUUCUCUAAGAAAUGAUUUAAAGCAUAAAGAGCCUAUCAGUAAAAUUGCUGUGCUUCUGGAUGGUCAAUUAUAAUGGAUCAACUGAUAAAUUGGAAAGGAAACGCAAUGAAAAGAUACAGUCAUGAUAGCUCCAGCAUGUCUGCAUGAUAUCUUCACAACAUAUGGAAAAAAGAACAUUUUAAUAUCCACUUACUUUUUCUUGAAUCCGUUUUGGUGGAGUUCAAUCUUCACCUAACCUUUUUCUGUACAACGGUUGUAGUUCAUGCACUGCAGGUGGAGCUAGGGGAGCUUAAAGGAAGGUUAACUGAGGUCAUUAGCAAUUGUGAUGCAUUGUGCAAGAGAAUUGCAACUGAGGGACCAGAACCUCUUCGAUCAUCCAUCAAGCCAUUCUCAAUUGCCACAUCCAACUCAAACUUAAAUCAGAGCUCAUCUUCCCUACAAAGUGUAACAGAUGAAAGUCCAGCCCCCACAGAACCCAAGUUAGCCUAACCCUUUAAAUUUAUUUCUUAUUUUAUACAAUUGAUAGAUUCUUUUACGCUUCAUCUUCACUGGGUUUGAUUUUUUUUUUUUCAUGUUCAUGUUCAAAUGGUAUUAUGAUGUAUUUGUGAAUAACCCUUUGAUGUUACAAUUUUUGCAUAUAGAGUAAGUUUAUGAAGUAAAUACAACUCUGCUGGUUUCUUGCUUUUGUUUCUUUCACAUCUAUCUGCCGACAGAGCAUACUUAUAGAGUUGAUACUAUAAAUUUUUAAACCCCUC